AUGUACCGUGUUAGAGACUUUGUCCGCAAGCAGCAGGUGAAACAGAUAGCUCAGCAGAUGCAGGAGGUCGACGAGGAAGAGAGGUCACUUUUAUCAACUCAGGCAUCAAACUACUGGUCUUUGGCCUUUUUGCUAUCCUGAAUGUAACUGUAAGUUACGGUAUAAAUUAGUAUGUUACGUUUGAUAUGGUUACAUAAGACAGAAGGUUACUUAAGGCCAAAACGAAAGGAGGGUGGUUGGUCAGGGAAGACGGGUGGGCGUAUAAUGCGAACGUCUAGCAACCCAAAGAUUGCGUACACGGACAACUUUAGCGUUUUAGCUCAUUUUCAAAUUUGCAACUACUUACUACCUUUGAGCUACUUUGCAACUACUUAGCAUGUUAGUUAACCCUUUAACCUAACUCUUAACCUCAACCCCCUAGCCUAGCUAACGUUAGCGUUAGCAACAACAAAUUAAAAUUUGUAACAUAUAAGGAUUGCAAAUUCGUAGCAUAUUGUUCGAAUUGCAGUUCGUAACAUAUCAUACACAUUUUUAUUCGUAACAUAUAAUACGAAAUGGAUAAUGGACAGCCACAAAUUUCUACAUACCGUACGAAACACAACAUAUAAUAACUGGAGACAGAUUUACAUUUACUAUGUGUCAUGCAACCUGAGUCCAGGUUGCAUGAAACACCUGUGUCUGCAUCUAUGUUUGACCUCUGACCUUUGUGCCAUCCGUCUCCAGAGCAGGGGUGGAGGAGUGUCUGCGGCCCAUCACCCAGCUGGACCUGCUAUUCGGGCUGGACAAGAUGAGAGUCCAAAAAAGCCACCGUGCCCCAGGAACUCAUACCCAAAGA